AUGGCUAUCCUAAGCGACAAAGAUAAAGAAACGAGCGGCAGUGUGUCGGAAACACUCGGGCUCAAGACUGAGGGCGGCCCUCGUGAUGUGCAAGAAGGUGUGAUGGCUGAAAAUGCCGACAACCUUCAACGUCAUCUUGGAAACCGUCAGAUCCAGCUGAUCGCCAUUGGUGGCUCUAUUGGAACAGCCCUUUUCGUGAGCAUCGGCUCGGGUCUUUACCAUGGCGGACCUGGCAGUUUGUUUAUUGCCUUUACCGUUCAAUGUAUCUUUUUGGCCAUGGUGAAUAACUGCCUCGCUGAAAUGACCACUGCCUUCCCUGUCAGUGGUGGUUUCAUUCGCUUGGCUGGAAAAUGGGUCGACGACGCUCUUGGUUUCAUGGUCGGCUGGAACUUUUUUUUCUAUGAGGCCCUUUUGAUUCCCUUUGAGAUCUCAGCUUUCACGCUUGUAUUGUCUUUCUGGAGUCCGACGAUUACUGAACCAGGCCCAGUUGCAGGCGUCUGUAUUGGUGUCAUCUUGAUCUAUGGCUUCCUUAACGUCUUGGCCGUCAAAGCCUAUGGUGAAGCCGAAUUCUGGCUGUCCGGUGGUAAGGUCAUUCUGAUCUUCUCCCUGUUCUUUUUCACCUUCAUCACAAUGGUUGGUGGAAAUCCGGCCCAUGAUGCUUAUGGUUUCCGCCACUGGAACAACCCCGGCUCUUUCAUGGAGUAUCUGGAUACCGGCGCCCUUGGUCGGUUUGAAGGAUUCCUAGGAUCUCUUUGGUCGGCUUGCUUUGCCGUUGUCGGUCCUGAGUACAUCUCCAUGGUCGCAGCUGAAGCAAAGCGUCCUCGCAUCUAUAUCAAGAAUGCGUUCAAGACAGUCUACAUUCGAUUCGGUCUCUUCUUUAUCGGCGGCGCCUUGGCCGUCGGUAUCGUUUGUGCUGCUAAUGACCCGCAGCUGAAGGCGGUUGUGACGGGUGGUUCCGCUGGUUCUGCUUCAGCAUCGCCAUACGUUAUUGGCAUGCGAAACAUGGGCAUUUCAAUUUUCCCUUCGAUCAUCAACGCCCUCUUGCUGACUUCGAUUUUCUCUGCUGGCAAUACCUACACCUACUGCGCUAUCCGUACUCUUUACGGUUUGGCACUAGAAGGAAGAGCCCCAAGAGUUCUCACUUACACCACGCGCAACGGUGUACCCCUGUAUUGCUUCGCAGUCGUGAUGAUCUUCCCUAUGCUUUCCUUUUUGCAAUGUUCCAGUAGCUCGUCCAUCGUCAUCACAUGGUUCGCUAACCUCGUCACUGCCGGAGGUCUCAUCAACUACAUCGUCAUCACCUUGACAUACAUAUUCUUCCACCGCGCUUGCAAAGCGCAGGGGCUCGAUCGCAGAUCCCUCUCCUAUUACGGACGUCUCCAACCCUACUGCGCAUACAUCGCACUCGUUUGGAUGAUCAUCGUGACUAUCGUCUACGGUUACCCUGCAUACAAGCCUUGGUCUGUGUCAACCUUCUGGUCGAACUACACCAUGCAAAUCGUCAUCCCUCCCCUCUUCAUCAUCUGGAAAGUCCUCAAGAAAACCAAGUUCAUUAAGGCUGAUCAAGCCGAUCUUGUCUGGGAGCGACCCCUGAUCGAUGCGUACGAGGACAGCUUCCUCGACCCGCCUACCGGCUUCUGGAGAGAAAUGUUGCAGAUGGUCGGCAUUGGGCGGACUAAAGGCGGCAACGAUAAGCGAUCGCAUUCAGUGUCUCGGCCCCUGGAGUCUCCUGAGGGAAGUUCGGCGUGA